GGGUUUGGCGGCUGGCUCAAGACAGAAAGAAGCGAUCGUUUACUUUUGGUUCCGAGUGGAUUCGAAAAGGGUGUUCUUUGCCCACAUGGCAAUAACAUCCAACCGUGUAACACUAGUGUGAACUCGACGCAUGGACUGAGAACCUUCUGAUCUAGCCCUGUGUUGGCGACCUGGAGUGACGCACAGACCACCAUGUUGCUGGUAGAUGUUUCCUCAUGAGGCGGAGGAUGGAGUCUGGGGGAGGAGCCGCUCAGCAGACCAACGCUUGGUUGAUCUGCUCAGACACCACACACUCACCCAAAGUGGAAUAUCUAUUAUAACCUCGUUGUCAGGCAGUGCAACAAAUGGAUCAAAGCGGCGACUGAGAAAACUUUUGACAAAGUUUAACUUUAGGAAAAGCUUAACGAUAAAGUGCCUUCGAUCCCCGGAACCUUGUGCGCCAACACUGCGGCUGAAAGACUCACGAUGUCUGAUGGUGAUUACGACUACCUCAUCAAGUUCCUAGCACUGGGAGACUCAGGAGUUGGGAAGACCAGCUUCCUGUACCAGUACACGGACGGGAACUUCAACUCCAAGUUCAUCACCACGGUCGGGAUUGACUUCAGAGAAAAGAGGGUGCUGUACCAGGCCAACGGACCCGAUGGAGCCACCGGCAAGGGGCAGAAGAUCCACAUCCAGCUGUGGGACACAGCCGGGCAGGAGAGGUUUCGGAGUCUGGACCACGGCCUUCUUCAGGGACGCCAUGGCUUCCUGCUGCUCUUCGACCUGACCAAUGAGCAGAGCUUCCUCAACGUCCGGAACUGGAUGAGUCAGCUGCAGGUUCACGCCUACUGUGAGAACCCAGACAUCGUUCUAUGUGGGAACAAAUGUGAUCUGAGCGAGCAGCGGGCGGUGAAGGAGGAGGAGGCCCGCGACCUGGCCGACAAGUACGGGAUCCCGUACUUCGAGACGAGCGCGGCCAAUGGGCAGAACGUGGGCGGGGCCGUGGACGUGCUGCUGGACCUCAUCAUGCGGCGGAUGGAGCGCUGCGUGGACCGCUCCUGGAUCCCUGAGGGCACGGUGCGCGCCAACGGCACCGGGCCCGCCCCCCUGGACCAGCCCCCCCCCCCGGAGGGCGGCAAGUGUGCCUGUUAGUGGCCGGGGGCCACCCCAGGGGGCCCGACUCCCAAGGGGCACGAGGAUGAGGAGGCUGGGGGUGGGUUGGGCAAGUGAGGACAAAGGGCAGGAACAGGAAGCGAGCUGAUGUUCCGCGUUGUUUCCAGCGGCCGUCUGUCGGUUCGGAUCUCUGUAGUUGCGUCGUAUCGAAGCGACCUCACUGGUCGCAUCGAAGCGACCUCACUGGUCGCAUCGAAGCGACCUCGCUGGUCGCAUCGAAGCGACCUCGCUGGUCGUAUCGAAGCGACCUCGCUGGUCGUAUCGAAGCGACCUCUCUGGUCGUAUCGAAGCGACCUCGCUGGUCGUGUCGAAGCGACCCUCGCUGGUCGUAUCGAAGCGACCUCGCUGGUCGUAUCGAAGCGACCUCUCUGGUCUCGCGGGGCUCCCUUCUCUUUUCUUCUUUCGAGCAACGGUCCAUUUGAGUAUACAUAAUGAUAGCCCUAUUCCAUGUUAGUUUAUGUACUUGGAUUGUGUUUGUUGUUUUUUAGCGGUUGAAUCCGUCACUCGUUCGACUCGUUGUUUUAACGGUCUGAUCACCAAGUUUCUUUUACGUUCAUCACCACGUCCUCCCAUUCACCCUAUGCUGAGGCUCAGAUACCAAACAUAGAUACCCUAAUAUGGCAGUUCCUCUUCCUAUUUAUGAAAUACAUUUUAUUAAUAUAAAAUAGUCAAUCAACCCAGGAGGAAAGUGUGAGGAACCUUCGGGUCAUCAGCCACAAUAAUAACGAUCAUUGUUUACAGUCACCAGCAGCAUGAAGCGUGUUUCUGUCACACAGGGCAUGUCUCUCCCACCAGCCCUUAAUUCCAUGCCACAGAGAGCUGGUGAAUCAUCAUCUAUAGGAAGUCCACACUGUAUUUCAGAGGACAGCACGUGCCUGUUUGACUUUUUGUGCUAUUAAAAUAAAACAGAUUUUUUAUUAGUAUUUUCUAUAAUCCCUAUACCGGUCCAUCAUUUUAAUCUUUUUUUUUAAUAAAAAAAUAUUGAUAAUAGGAACUGCAAGUCACCAGAAAAGCUGUUAAUAUUUUUGUAACUCAAGUAAAGAAAAGCCUGAUUGGUUCAUUUUAUCAGCCAAUCAGCAACACUACGACCACAGCUUGUUCCUGUUUUCAGGGACUAAUGAGUCGGCCACUGAUUGGACUGCUUUUGUGUGACUGAUUAUAUUCUAAUCAGGGCUAACAUAACACAAAUCUGAUUUAGGAAUAGAAAGCAUCAAAAAGCUGGGGUGUAGCAAACUGAAUCUAAAACAACGCCAUGUUUUACUAAAUGUCCCCGGGCCUUACUGCUUGUUCAUUGGUUAAUACCAUCUGAAGAGAUACUGUUGGACAUCUGAUGGACCUCCAGUAAUACUAAGGCAGCUUAAAGCCCCCAUAAUGAGGGUCGGUCCCAUUUAGGAAUGUAAGAAUGAGUUUCCCCCUCAGGUAAACAACAAUCACCUGAGGCACCAAGACUGAAACCCUCUGAUCAUGUUAUGACACUGAAUAGCAAAGACAAAGGUAUACAGCAAAAUGUGAUGGCAGUAUAAAUACUUAACUCCAUGAAAGGUUUUAUAGUUGCGCUGCCAAGUAUGUGUAAAGUUAGUAAACAAUGCGCCCAUGAUUUACAUUUAAUGCCAAUAGUUAACACUAUUCUAGAUCCCAUGUUGGAAUGUUUUUUCAAUGGUAGUUUGAUACCGAUGCCAAAUACACACCAUCCGAGUCAUAUAUUGGAGACUUUCAAAUGGAAAAUAUGUGAACUAUGCAAAAAUAAAUAUAUUUUAUUUAUCGUGUGAAA